UGCAGGAUAAUCAGAAUAGUUCCUUUACUAGAUAUUCGGUGAAUCUUUUCCUGUAUAUUUACAGCUUCCUGGAACUUGUGUUCAACAACUUGCAAUUGAAUAGCGCCAAAUUCAAACAUUGAAAACAUUUUAUCAAAAAAUAUCAUGCUUAGAUGUAAAUCAAAUCUUUGUUUAUAACCGCGAUAGUGAUAUGAAAGUGAACAAUAUAGUGCCAAUUAAAUUCACAUGUAAAAAAAAAACAAUUUUGGAAAAGCAGCUUAUUUUUCAUAUUAUUUUAUAUUUUGUAAUUUGAUAUUUUCCAUCUUUUUUAUGAGUAAUCUUUAGAAUUUUGAUGUUCACAAUGGAGUGUAAUACAAAGUGUCACAGAGUUAAAUUGAAAAAUGAAAUACUGUGUGAGUUACUGGAAGAUUUUCAAAAAAUCAAAAUGAACAAUUGUUCCAUAAGCCGAGCUGAGGCUGAGAUGAUUUUGAAUGCGUUUAUCGCAUGGUUAAGUAAAACUCCAAAAAAUUUGGUUUAUCGAAUAAAUACACUUUUGUGUCAAGAUCAGCAGUAUGUGUGUGAAAAAAUAAAAAAAGCUUUAAUGCAGGCUGAAAAGAUGAUUGAUCAAAAAAUCUUGACUUAUCAAAAAGUUCCGGAAUUAGUAAUUAUUCAGUGUUUGAAUAUCAAUACUCUUAACUUAGAAAGGUAUAAAAAUGAAAUAAUAGUAGAUGCAAAUUGUGGUACAGCACUAUUGCGAGGAGCCAACAUUUAUGCACCUGGCGUUUUAGGAAUGCCUAGAGGUUUGAGUGUAGAUGAUGUUGUAAGUGUAUAUGCUGAUCUUGAGCAUGGUUGUAAAAAAGGGGCAGUUAAAGAGUAUGUGAAAGAAAAUAAAUUGUUCAUUGGUAAUGGAAAAAUUCAAAUGACUAGAGAAGAAAUUUUCAAUCAUAGCAAUGGAAUCUCAAAUGGAAUUGCAGUAAAAAUGACACAUGUAAUUUCUUCUGUACCGCAAUUAAAUAGUGAAAUUUUACCAACGGGUCACAUAUUAUUACAAAAUUUACCAUCCAUUUUAUGUUGUCGAGCAUUAGAUCCACAAAGUGAUGAAAUUGUACUGGAUAUGUGUGCUGCACCUGGAAAUAAAACUACUCAAAUUUCUGCUUUAAUGGGAAAUAAAGGAACAAUAAUUGCCAUGGACAAAAUAAAAAAUAAAAUAAUCAAGUUGGAUGAAACUAUAAAAAAAUUUCAUACUACAAACAUCAAGGCCUUUUGCUUUAACUCUGUAAAUGCAGUGUCUACGGUUCCGAAUAAGUCCAUUUUGGAGGGACCACCUUUUUCCAAAGAUAGCUUUGAUAGAAUAUUAUUAGAUGGACCAUGCAGUGCCUUAGGUCAAAGACCUCAAAUUAGUAAUUCAAUUAGUUUAUCUCAAUUAAAAUCCUACGUACCAUUGCAAAGGAAACUUUUUACUGCUGCAGUUGAACUUCUGAAGCCAAGAGGAAUUUUAGUUUACAGUACCUGUACAAUAACUAUUGCUGAAAAUGAAGGAAUUGUUGCUUGGGCACUUAAAAAGUUUCCAAAUCUUCAGUUACAAAAUGUUCACGAGAUUUUUAUGAAUUUUGAUGUCGAUCAUUUUACUUCAACAGGAUUUGAAGUGGAAGGUUUGUCUACAGAAGAAGCUAAUAAAUUAUGCAGAUUUGGAUGGAAGGAGGAUUUUGUUGGUUUCUUUAUAGCUCGUUUUAUUAAAAAAGAAUAA